AUGGUAGUGGAUCGUUACCUUGUCAACUCGUCCGUCAGCAAUCGGACUUCAGCGGAGACAACUACCUUUGGAUUCCCCUCACUACGGACCGGGGACGAUGUUUGUAUUGCUGAUUUGGGCCCGGCAGAGUGGGUGCUCAUUUUCUUGUACGGUAUGGUCAUUGUAGUUGACGUGACAGGCAACGGUAUCGUCUGCUACCUGAUCUUUUCGGAAAGGCAAUUAAGAACAAUAACAAACUUCUUCCUGGUGAACUUAGCAAUAGCAGACAUUGCUAAAGCAUUUACAGGUAUUCCAUUUUCACUGAUGGUCAACUUGAUAUUCAGAUACUGGCCUUUCGCAGCAUUUCUGUGCCCGUUUGUUGCAUACAUAGAGAUUGUGGUGGUAUUUGCUAGUGCUUUUACUUUGGUCGCUAUGAGUGUUGAUAGGUAUAUAGCUAUCUUACAUCCGUUACGUCCCAAACUCUCCUACAGAGGGGUGGCAUUGACGCUGCUUACUGUGUGGCUACUAGCCUUUGCCAUGCCGAUUCCUACUGCAAUUAGUGCGGGAUUACGUAUCCCUGAUACGGAGAAUGCUACAGACAGCCAUGCAUGUUACAGCAACAAAGAGCAUUGUCUGGAGCAUUGGUCCAACGAGUCUCAGAGGUCGGUGUAUAGCCUGCUAAUAAUGACUCUACAGUACGGCAUCCCCCUGGUCGUCCUCGCCUUCACGUACACCCGUAUAGCCAUAAUUAUCUGGAUACGGCGAACACCCGGGGAAGCUGUCAGGCAGCGGGACGAACGUCUGGCCUCCUCCAAACGAAAGAUGGUGAAGAUGAUGAUCGUGGUGGUUUUACUGUACGCCCUGUGUUGGCUGCCACUCCACACCCUUCAACUCUACAGUGAUCUUGAUCCCACCAUCUACGACACCGUCCCGAACUCGCACCUGCUCUGGAACUUCAUUCUCUGGCUUGCCCUCGCUCACGCCUGCUGUAAUCCAGUCAUAUAUUUCUGGAUGAACAAGAGAUUCAAAUACGGCUUCCUUAGACUACUGGUGUGCUGUCACAAGAGGAGCGUCCCCCAACACGAAGGCCGACUCAAUUCCCAGUACACUAUGAACUCUCUACAUCACAACAACAGCAGCAAGACUGUACGCCAAUACAGUGUGCUGUCGGUUGGCGGCGUAGGAAAUACGUCCACUAACGAGAAACGUACAGUCUGA